CAUGGUUACGUGUGUGUCUAUCUACCUGCCGGGCUAUCUAUUCGCCGCCUGUCCAUUUACCUAACCGUCUGUCUGUAACUGUAGGUCAAUUAACCCGACUUAAUCAUUCACCGCUCACUUUCGACGAUGUGGAUACACCAUGCUGAAAAUUUUGCUUUCUAGGAUAGGUCAUGUGUGAUAGUGUAAAUACGAACAGUGAAUUCCCAAUUUAUUAUGUGUGUAUUGAAUGCUUGAACAGGGAAUCCGUCUGGCUUAUAUGAUGCAUUUCGAGCAUGACCAAGAAAAGGACGACAACUUGUAAACUUUAUAAGAAGGGUUUUGGGAAAGGGAUUUAUUGAUCUAUCAUGAUUACAACGCUUUAAUUUCAUACGUUACGUGUAGAUGUCGCACUUAUCGACUGUCAACUGCAGUUUGUGUUGUUUACAAUUUAUCGGCAAAGUUCUUGACAGUCCGUGUAUUUUGCAUAAAAAGGGAUCCUCUUGUCUUUCUCGUAGCCUAAAGUUACUCCACAGCAGUGCCAAGUGCGUCUGUGCUUUACUGAUAGCAUUAAAGUUUUUUAUAGUACUGGAGGGUUAAUUUAGAGUCUAUUGAAUCCUGCAGAUAUAACCCCACUUGUUGGACGUCAGACAAUGAGUCGCUCAACAAUAGCAGAACAAGAAGAUCUUGUAAAAGAAUCUCUUUUCAAAUUUGUACGAAAACACAUUCCUAGUGCUCAGCUUAGUUCAAUUGAUGAGAUAGUGCUCAGCUAUGUUGUGAGCAUCUUAGAAGACCUGGGCACUGAGGCUAGUGUUGAGGAAGCAUUUGACGUGGAAGGCUUCUCCGAAAUGAUGGCAGCAUAUUUUCCAGAAUUCUCAACAAUUCACCAUGCAGCUGUGUGUCAAUGGAUGUUUGAACUGGAAGCCACACUUAGCCAGAAAAAAGGAAAAGAUGGAGGCAAUAAGUUUUCAAAUAAAGACUUGUCUGAACUUGCUCUACUUCCCCUUGCAAACUUGACACCUCGGUCACACAAUAACUCUGAGUGCAUUAGUGGUGAUGUUCCGAGCAAACGAAUCCACCAACUGUCUGAGAACAGUGACGGAAGUUCAGACAGCAGUGGGGAGUAUUUCUCAAACCAAGAGGACUCGGCCUAUGUCGCCACCCAGGUGCACCUGCUCCAGGAGAUGUUUCCAGGGGUGUGCAUCAUUGAGGUGCGACACUGCCUGGCAAUUGCAGAAGGAGAUGUGGCGCGUGCUGCCCAGCUAGUUUUACACAGGCAGGAGGCAGGCCAGAGUCUCACCCCCAAUGCCACAGUGCUCCAGCCAAUGGCACAGAGGCAGAAGGCAGUUGUGGAUGACCAGGAGCUCAAGUCUCGAAUUAUAGCUCGAUACAGCUACGUAGACAAAGAUGAUGACGUUAGGGAGCAUCGUCCAGUUGGGCCUAAGUCCGAACCAAAGAAGCUAGUUAGGUAUCGUGAUAACAAAAUAGUCAGCUUGAAAGGCGAGAGAUUCACGGAGGUGAAGAAGGAAGAGGAAGAUGACAUGAAGAAGACAUAUGUGAGCAUUAAAGCAGCGAGGCAAUAUCGUUUGCAUUGAUAUCCAGCAUAGUUUUUAUGUACCAAUGCCACCCAACAGUGGAGUAAUGAUAUUAUAUGUGGAGUGAAACGUAAAUAUGUGAAGAUGUGGUGCAGUGUAAUAGUGCAAGUGGAACUUGGAACCUGACGUAUUUAUAGAUAUAGAACAUAGGUAGUAUUUUGAUGUUGGUGUGUGUGCCAUGGGACACUUCAGUAUUGUGAAUAUGUUUUCGAGAUUUUGUCCUGUCGUGGUGUACAUACUUGAUGUAAACUCUGUCACACGUAGAUUGUGCCAGCGUGACAUUAGAUUCAGAUCACAUGGACUGCCUUGUGCAGGUUAUUAACCGCAAGUAUGAAUAUUGUACAUGACAGACUGCAGUCACUUCAUUGGUAGCUAUCAUCUUUGCAAUAGGCUUCGAAGCAUCUCCGAGUUGGUGAAUUUUUUCACAGAAACUGUUCAAGGCCAUGGUUUGUGUCAUCUCCUUUCUUAUGUUUGUCUCCAGUGACAGUUGUUGUAGCUGUCAAGGAUUGUGCUUUACUCUUGAAUUCAGGAGUAUUGUGUCAAAAGAGGCACUGCCUACAAAUUCACAAUUUGUAUUUGUUGCAAAAUGAAAUGUGCAGCUUCUUUCUCUCUCUCUCUCU